AUGAAGUCGUCAGAACAGAAGUCACAGAAGAAAAGGAAAUCCGAUGUGAAUAUCGACUUUACAUCGACGCUUCCUUCGAAGAAGGAUCGGCCAUGGUAUGCAGAAGAGGCUUCAGCUGAUAACAAAAUUACUGUGGAAAAGGAAAGACGAAAGAGUAUCAUCGGCUUAGGAAAAGGGCUGCUUAAGAAGAUGCGUAGUUCUUCGGCACUCAAGGAUCGCAACAGUCGUGAUUCCAAUGUUACGUCGGUAUCGGCCAGUACUAGCAAGAUGCCAACUUUCAAGGAGCCAUUAACAAAUAACGUGAUGGAUCCUAUGCCAGAAGAACAAACCAUACGGAGCGAAAAUUCGAGCAUACUGUCUGGUGAUAGUUGUGUUCUUCCUCAUUCUAUUCAACGCAAUAAGGAACUAAUGAAAUUAGUGGAAAAUGUUUCAACAACAAGUCAUGACAGUCAGAGCAGUCAUGAGGGGCUAUCAUUCCUAACUGAGUCAUGUUCAUCGCAAGACAAUGGGGCCACCUCCGAAAGUGCGGCCUCAUUUUGCACUCCUGCACGGGACUUCAAAAGAGGGGACUCUCACCGUGGAAGUGCGAGAAGCAUGCCCCCGGAAUCUGAUCUUAUUCGUGGACUCUGUAACAGUGCUAUACGGCGGACACUUUCCUCUGCCUCGGAUAGUCUCGCCAGUCCACACCGUUUUGAUCGUACCCGCUCUAUGCGUUUUCGUGAGAAGUUGCUUCUAAGCUCCAGUAUGGCUGAGCUGCCUGAAGAAGAGGUCGCACCUCUUGAUACGUGCGAAGAGGGUGGCGAGGAAACGAGAACUCCUUUACAAGGUGCUGAAGGAUCUAGUAGGAGAAGUAGUCUUAUAUGGCUUCGCUCCAAAUCGAGAAUAUUUGGUUCAAAGAAACGAGGUGAUGUUACCACCACUCCUCUUGCCACCAGCACUUUAGGUACUCCAGCAGCUGCUGAAGAGGGGAUAACCCCAGGAGGCAGUGGGGCUCUUCGUAGAUCGUCACUCAGUUCGUCGAGCCUUCAAAGGAAGGUUUCAUCGGUAUUGAGGAAAGGACUAGGUUUGCGGAAUUCGAACCACGAUUUGACCGUAGAUCUCACCGGACGAACUCCUUGUGGUAUUUUAAAACGAUCCUCGACGAAUUCGAAGGACAGAAAGCGAAAGUCUGCUAACUUCCCAAGGCGUUGUAGUGACGUGUCGGCUGUAUUGCAACGCCAGGUCAGAACUGAUCAAUCGAGGAAGGAGGCAGAUGAGGCCAGGUUAUUUAUGGAGAAAGUCGUCAUAUCCAAAGAGCCGGUGGGACGAGUCCUUUACCGAGAUGAGUACGAUGGGGUCGUUGUUGAUGUAUCUCCAACAGGACUACCAUUGUCAAGCACUGCGGCGGAAGUGCUUGAAGGAGAGUAUGGCGUCGAAAUACACAAAAGAGGAAGGUCCAAUCCCUAUAAGAAUGGCAUUCUGAAAACUCCUGAAGGGGAACCAGAUAUAAUUUAUGUUGUGAGCGAGGAAAGCGACAACGCGGACAAGCGUGUAAGAAUAGGAGUAGCGACAGGAAUGCGGGAAGCGUUCGAAAGUAAUAGUUUAAAAAAAGUGCUACUAUACCCAUUCUGUAACUCCGAUGAUGAAAUAGUGGCAGAUUUUCUCAUCCGACAGUUUCUUCUGACUUCAUACAAAGCUCUUACAUGGAAUCCAAGCGCGAAAGCUUUUGAUGGUUCAAUCACAUUAGCCGGUGUUACUAGUAAAAACUGCGCGCAGAUGCAACGUCUUCAUGAAGAACUUCUGAUCACGGAAGUUAGACCGAAGAUAGCAGCUUAUGAAGCGUUAUUGGCGUCAUUUUCGCGGGUUACGCCAACCCAAGAAACAUCAACAGAGAACGAGGAUGAGACCUGA